AUGACUAAUUCUGAUGCUAACAAUGGAGAUGCAUUCUCUGUACCUCGGGCCUGUGCCAAAUCCAUCUUUCCGCCUCUUGACUUGGCAACUCCAUUUCCGUCUCAACAACUCUCAGUCACAGAUGUUUGCUGUGUUGUAUGGACCUUUUGCCUCGUCUAUCGCGGGAAUCCCAAGCGAUACCUGUUCACCACCGGCUGGAGUGCAUUUGUUGACGAGAAGCAACUCGUCAGCGGGGAUACCAUUGUUUUCAUUAAAAACUCAGUUGUAAAGAUAUUUGUUGGAAUCCGUCGGAAAAAUAUGUUUGUUGCCGCUAUUAAAAUAACAGAAAAGACAUUUAUGAAUGCAGUAGAAUUGGUCGGGAAGAACACACCAUUUGAGGUUGUGUUAUAUCCCACGGUUGAUGGUUUUGAUUUUGUGGUGGGAGAUAAAGUUGAUGGUUUCAAUGGAAGGGCAAGUCAUAAAUCUGAUAACCAUAGUAUUUUGAACUCCUUUGGAGAAAAUUUAACUGCUAUCCACAACUCUAAGACUGAAAAAUCUAGACCUCAUUUUAUAAUAUUAUUUGGUCAGAGAUCAUGCGCCUAUCUAAAAAAAAGUUUGGAUGAUUCUCCUAUUAACCCAGUUGAUGGUCGUGAGAAGUGA